AUGGCGCAGGUAUUUACCUUAACAGUGUUUUAUGAGCUCCAGGUAGAGAUCGAAGCUGCAUGUUUUUAUUGCAGUGUUGUGGGGAUCCAUGCAUAUGGUGAGUGCAUCCGUUACGACAUUAGAGGGGAGUACAACGUUGUCCAUACUGUUGAAUAUACCCCGUCUUUGACUAUUGCGACAUGUAGCUGCAAGUUGUUUGAAAGAUUGGGGUUUGUUUGCCGGCAUAUGUUUCUUGUGUUCAAAGAUGCCGAAAUGGUGAGCUUGCCAUCGCGGUACAUCGCAGCACGAUGGUGUAAGCAAGAAGGACUAGCUAGCUGGUGUGCUCGAUGUUCUGACUGCCCUCCUUUAGAAACUGUGCCUAGUCAGUUGUGGACUGAGAUACACAAUUGUGCCGUGAUAGUUGGAAGCAAUAAAGUGCGCCAAACGCGAAUGCUACAGGUAAUAAAAGAAUUAAGAGACGAGUUUCUGGGCGAUGGUAUGGACGUUGACCCCCCAAAAGGAAACGGUGUUGCCAUUGCAGCUUUGUGCGGUGUGGAGCCGCCGACGUCCAUAAUUAUCAAACCGCCAGCUCAAGCAAAAAACAAAGGGACCGGCAAGCGAAUUAAAAGCCAACGCGAGUUAGCUAUUGAGAGGAGUGGCAAGGCUAGCAGAAAGUGCGGGGUGUGCGGCGAGUAUGCACAUCAUAAUGCCCGCAGCUGUCCGUUGAAGUGA